GCAGUCCUCCAGGCGGCUGGGGGCCGCGGGGUGGCGGCGCUCUCCGCGGUUGGGCCUACUCUCGACCCAUCGAUCAAGGGCAAGGCGUUCGCUGAGCGCCAGGGUCUCAGGCGCGGACGAUAGUGGAGGCUGGCGUUACGCGAAAGUCGCAGCGAAGCUGGCGGAAAAACACCGUGUCGUUGCAGGCCGCCUAGCACGCUGCUCCGGCCUCGCCGGGGAGGUGGAGACGCCAGCCUCCCGACCCGCCCGUAACCCCUUCCCUUUCCCUCUUCUGUCCUCGCUUUCCUGCCCUUCCGGGCCGCGCGCCUUCAGUUAGAGGAAGGUGUGAAGAGAAAAAAAUGACACUCCAAUGGGCGGCAGUUGCAACCUUUCUCUAUGCUGAAAUAGGACUCAUUUUAAUCUUCUGUCUACCUUUUAUUACUCCUCAGAGGUGGCAGAAGAUUUUUUCAUUUAAUGUCUGGGGUAAAAUUGCAACUUUUUGGAACAAGGCUUUUCUUACUAUUAUAGUCCUAUUGAUUGUUCUGUUUCUAGAUGCUGUGAGAGAAGUAAGGAAAUAUUCUUCUGUUACUGCCAUUGAAAAGAGCUUACCCAGCAGACCUGGUGCCCAUGAACAUACACAGAUGAAACUUUUUAGGUCUCAAAGAAACCUUUACAUUUCUGGAUUUUCAUUAUUUUUUUGGCUAGUGUUGAGACGUCUGGUUACCCUUAUUACUCAGUUGGCAAAAGAACUGUCAAACAAAGUAGUACUUAAAACUCAAGCAGAAGAUACUAACGAGGCUGCCAAAAAGUUCAUGAAAGAGAAUGAAAAACUAAAACAGCUUUUGAAAAGCUAUACCAAGGAAGAAGAACGCAUUUUGGAAGCAGAAAAUAAAAAACUGGUAGAAGAACAGGAAAAACUGAAAACUGAAUUAAAGAAGACUUCAGAUGCCCUUUCUAAGGCACAAAAUGACCUGCUGACAAUGAAGAUACAAUCAGAGAAUCUUUCAAAAGAAUAUGACCAACUCCUGAAAGAACACUCCAAACUUCAGGAUCGUCUAUGGAAAGACAAUAAGAAAGGCCAGUGAACUGUAUGAAAGGUUUUGACACAUCAUGUCAAGAUAAUACUUUGUUAUCAUGUUAGCCUCUAGAAAAUUUAAAAUUCAGUCCAGAAAAAUAUACUGUGACCGGCCAAUAUUUUUUAAAUGUCAUACAUAAUGGCAUUAUCAUAAUACUUGAUGUUUUAUAUAUAUUGUACAGUAUGUAUCCUGGCUCUUAUGUAAAAUAUAAGCCUGUUGAACACAUUAUUUAGAUAUUCAUAGUAACACUGGUGGAUGAUGGCUAUUUACCAAUAGAAGGGAAAAUUCAUUAGCCAGUUACUUCCAAAAUUAGAUUUUUAAGUUAUGUGAAACCAUUAAUAGCACUUAAUUAAAAGCUUUGAUGAGGUUCCACUAAAAAUAAUCUAGUUAAUCAGAUGAUGAUAAUGAUUAUGUGUUUGAAGAUAUCAUCGACUACCAGCAAAUUUGUUCAUAGGGAUAUUAAGUAAGGGUAAAUGAUCAAAAUUUGCCACUAUAUUAAUAGGGGAGUCAGAAAGAGCAAAAAAUAAAAACCUUAGGUUUUUUUAAGCCUGAUGAUACUGUGGUUUACUCCCAUAAGACAACUACAUUUAUAUUUUUUGUUACUGUGCUUCUGCACCUGUUGGACUGUUUUUGUUGACAUUCAUGUUGAUAACAUAAUUAGUUUUUAAAAUCAUCUAGGAAUGGAGUUUACAUCUAUUUGCAUAACUGUUAGAGCACUGAAAUGAAAUUAUUUUACAACAAUGAGGAAUUCUUGACUCAGAAAGUUAAUGUACAACAGAUCCAAAAAAACAAAAAAGUAUUUCCCAUUGCUGUGAGAGUUACUAAUUAUACAGAUAUUACCUCACAUAUACAUACACUGGUGUCACAUUUUUUCUGAGAUGUUUCUGUACUCUGAAAGCUAAAUAAUAAAUACUGUUUUUUUCAUUCAAAUAUUCGUUUAGAGUUUCCUUUAGAAGAUGAUAAUGAUUACAACAUUAAUAUGAUUUAGGUUCUGGUAUUUAGACAUGGAAAUUAUCUUCCUUGUCUCAUAAAAACAACCUAAAUAUAAAAGAAAAUGGAACCCUGGCUGGGUCACACAGUGUCCCAAUACACCAAGGUGGUGUGAGUUCAAUCCCCAGUCAGGGCACAUAAAAGAAUCAACCAAUGUUCCCAACACCAUUUACUGAAGAGACUCUCUUUACUCCAUUGCAUACACUUGCCUCCUUUGUCAAAUAUUGACCAUAAAGGUGUGGUUUUAUUUUUUGGCUCUCUGUUCUGUUCCAUUGAUCUUUAUUCCAGUACCAAGCUGUUUUCAUUACAAUAGCCUUGCAGUAUAGUUUGAUAACAGGUAUUUUGAUAUCUCCAAAUUUGUUCUUUCUAAAGAUUGCUGAGGCUCUUUGUGGUCUUUUUUGGUUCCAUCUACAUUUUUGGAAUAUUUAUUCUAGAUCUAUGAAAUACAUCAUUGAUAUUUUAAUAGGAAUUAUGUUGAAUCUAUAGAUUGUUUUGGGAGGCAUGGACAUUUUAAUGAUUCUAAUUCUUCCAAUUCAUGAACACAGGAUAUGCUUCCACUUACUUGUAUCUUCAUCAAUUUCUUUCUUCAGUGUCCUGUAGUUUUCUGAGUACAGGUCUUUUACCUCUGGUUAUAUGUAUUCCUCGGUACUUUAUUAUUUUUUUUGUUGCAAUAGUAAAUGGGGUUGUUUUAUUAGUUUCAUUUUCUAAUAGUUCAUUAUUGGUAUAUAAAAAGUGCAACUGAUUUCUGAAUAUUAAUUUUGUAUCCUGCUACUUUGCCAAAUUCAUGUAUUAGAUCGUGUGUGUGUGUGUGUGUGUGUGUGGAGUCCUUAGGGUUUUCUAUGUACAGCAUCAUGUCAUCUGCAAAUAUUGACAUAUUUACUUCUUUCUAUCUAAUUUGGAUGCAUUUUAAUUCUUUUUCUGUCUGAUCACUGUGGCUAGGACUUCCAGGACUAUGUUGAAUAACAGUGGUGAAAGCAGACAUCCUGUCUUAAGGAAAAUCCUGAUAUUAAGGGAAAUGUGUUUAGUUCUUGCCUGUUGAGUAUAAUGUUGGCUCUAGGUUUAUAUAUAUGUGCAUUAUUGUGUUGAAGUAUGAUCCAUCUAUUCCCACUUCGCUGAGAGUUUUUAUCAUAAAUCAGUGCUGAAUUUUAUCAAAUGCUUUUUCUGCACCAGUUGAUAAAAUCAUGUGAUUUUUAUCUUCAUUUUGUGUAUGUGAUGUAUCACAUUUAUUGACUUCCAAAUAUUGUACCAACCUUGCAUUCCCAGAAUAAAU